AUGAACGCUGUCCCAGACAUUCUUUUGGCUACCGGCAUUACCUCCAACAAUGUCACCAUCAUCACCACCAUGUCUCUCUUUUUCCAGCACGCAGAGCUGGCUCCAAUGCACACAUCUGCAAUCCAGCAAAUGUUUGUUGUGGCUUUUUGGAUUGCUCUUGGCAUUUCUCACUCGCUUGUGGAUCUUUCUCACGUUCUUGGUGGUAUUCACCCUUACUUGCACACCUUUGUUGUGAUUCAUGGAGCAGAACCUUGGGUGCCCUUGCCAGCACAAGGAGGUAGACGCUUCUCAAUAGAUUUGCAGCCAAUUGCCGCCAACAGCACCAUCUCUUCUGUCACAUUUGCUUUCAUGCUUGCUCAACCAUCCAUGCGCAAAGCCCAGUCUUUAGGGGGCAAGAGCAUCCACAUGCUCAAGAGACCACGCAGCCAAAUCACCUUGGCCAAGCUGGAAGAUGUCUGUCUGGUUGCAACAUCAACCUCCACAGCAUCUGCAGCCAGCAAGACACAAGGUUUUGUGAGGUUGGUAGAGCUUGAUUUGAACAGUCUGGGAGAAGCCGCAUACAACCUAUGGAAGCUGGAGAUUGCAGAUAACCACCAGCAUCUGGAUGUACAGCACUGGUCAGCCAUGGCCGACUCCCUCCUCUCCAUCCUCUUGCCGACAAUUGGGAGAGGGCUGUUCUUAAGGCGGGUAACAAGAAGCAGGCACAGAUGAGCAAGCAAAAAGAGGCAGAAGAGCAAGAGCAUAAUUGUGUUGCUUGGUCUCAGGCUGCUUGUGAGAUGGUCCAAAAAGUGACAUAGGCUGCAUGAGAUGACUGUCCACCUCCAAGAAUCCGAAGAGCACGCAAGGCAGUAGUUGGCUUGACUUUGCUGGAAAGCAACAGGAUAAUGCGCAAUUGAAGUGAGCCAAACAGCAGCAGAAGAGCUUGUCAACACCAAGCUUUUUGGAUUUGAAGCGUAAGGAGCACAAGGUGCCGGCGAUUGCCACUUGCGGUCAAUUGAACAACCUUUCUUCCUCCAAGCUGAUUUUUCCAAGUACUGCCAAGAGACCAGUAGCCUUCAGUUCUUCAUGCUGGAUGAUCCUGGCAGCAAGGGUAAUAAGCUGUUGUUCCUUGUCUGGAAAUGGGGGCUUGUCACCUGCCCAAAAUUGGUGCCGGACGUUUCUGGACAGAGCAAUGAGAAGCUCUACAGGUAUAAUUUGCCUUCCUGCACAAAUGUGAAGCACCUGGGUGAGGAUCCUGAUCUUGAUGUCCAGUUUGAGGUACUCAAGGUGGUCAACAUAUUCCAGUUCAAACACCUCUUCCCACAUCUGAUCUUCCAUGAGGUGGACCAUAGGGGAAGGGCUUGCACAAAAUGGGGACGAUGCACCUUCUUGCCCCUUGCCUUUUGGUGUUGGAGAGACGCACUUCAUGUGGGGAGGCGUGUUCCCAUGUGGUGACCCGGACGCCUUGCCCUUCUCAGGCGUUGGCGCAACGCACUUCAUGUGA